CCUCCUCUUGCAUCAUUACAAGCAUCCCAUCUGCUUCUGCUCAUGCUCAAUUGUCCUGGUGGCUGUGCCUCUUCUCCAUCUAGUUAAACAAUCUCUAUUGUACCUGCUUUCACAAACAAGGAAAAAAAAAAAAACGAGAGGGAAAGAGAAAUGGCGACAUACCAAAUUCAAGCAGAAAAUGAUUGUGAUUAUGACAGGCAACGCGAGUUCAAGGCUUUUGAUGACACUAAAGGGGCUUGUGGAUGCUGGAGUGACGAAGAUUCCACGGAUGUUCAUCCACGAGCAAUGCGUCAAGCUUGAAGAUGCUCCUGCUUUUCAUGAACCCAACUUCAGCAUUCCAAUCAUCGACUUUGAAGGCUGGAAUGAAGACGAAAAUCGACGACGCAAUAUAAUUCAGAAACUUGGAAGUGCUUGCAAGAAGUGGGGUUUCUUUCAGAUGGUUAAUCAUGGAAUUCCAAGGAGCAUACAAGAGGAGGUAAUCGAUGGGAUACAUAGAUUUCACCAUCAGGAUGUUGAGGUAAAGAAGGAGUUCUAUUCUCGCGAUUACACCCGGAAAGUGCUAUACAAUUCCAAUUUUGAUCUGUACCAAGUACCUGCAGCUAGUUGGAGAGAUACUUUGACAUGUGUAAUGGCACCCAGUCCUCCAAAUCCUGAAGAAUUGCCUCCAGUAUGCAGGGAUAUACUCAUUGAUUACUCGAAAAGAAUAAUGACACUGGGGAACAGCCUAUUUGAAAUGUUAUCCGAAGCGCUGGGGCUCGAACCCAAUCAUCUCAAAGACAUUGGUUGUGCAGAGGGACUUUAUGUUCUGGGUCAUUGCUACCCAGCAUGUCCUGAACCGGAACUGACUAUGGGCACCACAAAACAUGCUGACAGUGGUUUCCUCACCUUGCUUCUACAAGAUCAGAUCGGUGGCCUCCAAGUUCUCCAUGAAAAUCAAUGGAUCAACGUGAGCCCCAUGCCAGGAGCUCUAGUGGUAAAUGUGGGAGAUUUGUUUCAGCUAAUCUCCAAUGACAAAUUUGUUAGCGCAACUCACAGAGUGGUAGCGAGAAAUGUCGGUCCGAGAACUUCAGUGGCAUGCCUUUUCAGGCAAAAUCUUUUGCCUGAGACCUUAAGGCUGUAUGGGCCGAUCAAGGAGUUACUUUCCGAAGAAAAUCCUCCAGUCUACAGGGAAACCACUGUGAAGGACUUUCUUGCACUCAAACACUUGAAUGGCAACGAUGGGGUCUCCAGAUUAAAACAUUUGAAGAUACGAAGUUAGUCUCUAAAAUGAGGGAAGAAUAUAAAAUAAUCUAUGGGAGUCGAGUAUCAUUAUAGAUCCGUCGUCCAAUAAUGAAUAAAAAUCCAUGGGCUUGAGAGUCUAUGAAUCUAGUUACGCUGCUGCCUCCUUAGCCCUGCAAAAUCUUAGAUGCUUGUUUGUAAGACCCAAUUGGUGGCCUCCAAUUGAGCGAAGCUAUAAUGAUAUUUGUCUUCCUACACUUGGAGAACUGAUAUUCUGGACGUUGAGUUUUCAACGUUGAUG